AUGAAUACAAUAAAAACAACUCCGGGGCCGAGAAGUUUAGAACGACCAAAAACGAUGUUACUACCGCAACUUCGAAACGAAGGAACACUGCCAACAAUUACUGAAAAGCGUUCACCGUUUUUUAAAACUCUAAGUCAAGAUGAUCUUCUCUCGCCAGAUUCAAAUGACCUGGUUCAAACAUGGCUUUUUGAUCAACCAGAAGCGAAUAAACAUGUUCAAUUCGCACGAGAAGAAACUAGUGAACGACAAGCGACAUCAAGUCCUCGUUUACGAAAUAUUUAUCAACAACCUCCACCGCCAACUGUAACAGCUUCUCUUCCAGAAAUCAAGAUCGAAAACAAAUCGGCGAAGCCACGUGAUCCCUACGUUGCUGCGACGACCGAAGCCAAAUUCUAUCGUACCACUUCUCAGAAAGCAUUGUCUAUUUCAAGUACAGGAUCAUCAAUAUUAUCGCCGCGUACGCGUCAGUCACCAAUUAUACCAUCACCGCAAGCAGUCGCAUCUAAUUUCUUCUUUCGUGCACCGUCCAACGAAGUAGCACGAAGUUAUAUUAGUACACCGACUACAAAUCGAGAUCGGCCGUUGCCAUUGUCUUCACUCGAAUUGAAUCCAAGUCUAUCUGAAUCGGAUCGAAAGCGAUUCGACGAAAUUCGUCAACAAGUUCCCGAAGAAUUUGAUCAAUUACUUCCGACAUUAAUCCACGUCGGAGUGAUUCUCUGGCCGAAGCGACUCUUCGACAAUAACAUACAACUAACUGUUAAAGAACGCAAACAACGUCAACAUUUACUUUCCAUUAUCGACAAGAAUAAUCAAGAAACUGAACAACAACAACAUCUUGAACGUUUAUACGGCAGUGUCCUUCCCACUGAUGAUAUUUCACGUAAACAUCGUCUUCUACGAGAAAAUCUUUCAUUUCAAGGUCAACUCUCAUUGAUUAAAGCGUAUCAUGAUGCAAUCGAGGAUGAAUUAACGAACCAUUUCCCUCAAUGGAGAUCAAUAUCGGUGCGAGCACUUCAACCAAGUUUGACUGAAGACACCAGUUCCGUCAUUCGCUCAUCGAUUUUAACUACAACACUUCGCGCCAAACAAAAUUUCUUAAAAAAUAAAACUCUUUCGACUGUAUCACAGUUCACUAACGACGAAUCAUCGUUUCCAAUCAUACCCGAUGAAAUCGAUGAUCAAUGGCAAAAGAAAUCUCUGGUGAAAGUCAUCGAACAAGGCAUGCUUAUUCUAGAUCAAACAAGAAAACUAGGCGAGAUCGAUGCAAUCAACCAAGAAGUCGACUUCGAACUACAAGCCCAGCAAUGUGUUCGAAAAUAUAAACGUUGGAUAUUUUUAUGGUCAACACUUUUCACUGAUGAGAAAUAUUUUCUAUAA